AACUAUAGUUGAGUUUCGAACGGCGGUCAAUUCAAACCCAGACAAUGGUGGAAUUUUAAAGGUAUGAGGCCACAGAUAAACCACAAAUCCAAUGUUUUGGAUAUCAAAUCGGAACUUUUUGACCUCUUACGACAACGAAAAAGCCUGACAGAGACACUAGAGGCAUUAGAACGUCAAAUAUAUCUGUUUGAAGGCAGCUAUCUUGAUGACACGGCUCCUUAUGGGAACAUUAUCAAGGGCUGGGAUAGAUAUCUGAUGGCCAGCUCAAACUCUUUGGUCACUGGUAACUCCAACUUGUCAUUUUCCAGGACCGUUGGGGAUAAACGCGCUCGGAAAUUCCGAGAUUCCGAUCGUCUUUUCUCAAGGUCUUCAGUCACUUCAGUUUCAGUAAGACUAAUUCCUAACGAGAUUUUGUUCUAGUCUUUAAAUUCACAGAAUGAAAAUAAUUCAGGCAAGUGUGCUUGGUGUUUAUACGUCAAAUUCUAACAUGUCGAAAUGUGAUGUGUCUUUGUAAGCUGUAAUGCAUUGAAACUGUAUAAUAGGGUCAACAUUUUUUUGUUUAUAAAUGACUGUUUUUCAACUUUUUUCGGUAUUUGCAUUUUUUUGCAGUUAGGUUAGCUAAAAUGUGUCUAGUUUCUCUUACCUACACAGGGACUUCUAAAACAGUAUUCAAGAGUUCAUGUCAUACUUCAACAAAGAUUCAGAGAAAUCGUUCCAUGCCUAUGAGAAAUUCCUUUGGGAUCGCCUUUAUGUCAAAUAAUUAGACAUCAGCUGAUACGUUCUUUCUGUUGAAACGCGACUAUUGACCGUAUUGUUAUUUUUCACCUUGGUUUCCAACAGUCUGUUGGUCAGUAACGGUGCUUAAGUUGCCGUAAUUAGCUUCUUAAUAAGUUUUAAGCUCUUUACGUCUUGAACAAAUAUUUUGGGUUCAAUGCUCCCCCGUAUUAUUUCCUCUCUAAUCAUUCUCAUUGUUUAGUACUUCCACCGUCAUUGGUUCCAUAAUUAUUCCAAAUCCUUUACUAUUUAUUACUUGAUCCAGAUAUUCAGGUGUUAUGUUUUUGGAACUUGUGGGCUCUUUUUCUAUUCAAUAUGGUCUGUUAUUUAGCUUUUCUCAUUAACUCUACUAUCGCACUAUACAACACAUUGUAUAAACAGAUUUAGUGUGUUCAAAAAUUUUGUCACAUCUCAGUCAAUAAUAAUGUGCUUAGAGGGCUAGUUUACAUUGUGAUUUAUCCAUAAUCUUUUUCGCGAUUUACUUAUGAAGUAUUAGUGCAUGCGUACCUACACUUAGUAUUCAAGUCCCUUUCCAUUGUUGACUAACCUUGUAUCAAGGUUAAUAUAAUUACUGUGAAGAUAGCAUAAAUAGAAGUUUCUCUGCUUCACUUUGAAUGCUACAGUAAUUAAUAAGUAACACUACGUUCUGUUCAUUUUGCAAGUUUCUCAAAGUAAAUGUUGAGCAGUUAAAUCUUAUUAAUACUACUUUAGUUUACUUCUCAAGUAUCCAAAUGAUUUUGCAUUCUAAAUUUCCUAGGAGUUCCUCCCAAUCUACCUCCAGUCAACCAGCUUAUUUCAGGACACUACAAACAACCUUCUCCUAAUUUCAUGUCCAAUGGGUUUUCAGGAAAUCAGUUCUCCCAAAUUGGCAAGAGUUUUUCGGGUUUCAGUAACGCAUCACAAUCUGGUAAAAAGAAAAAAUCUAGACAGCGAUAGACUCUACUGAAAUGACUCAUAAAUUGGUUUCAGAAAUCUAUGAUAUGGACAGAUGAAUAACAGUAUUGUAAAACUAUAUGGACUCCUCAUCUUUUUUGAGUACAGUCACACUCAAAAAUUACAAUAUUACUAGUAUUCUGUUGUUUGAUUACAUUAUGUAAAAGUAUCUCAUCAACAUUGAUAUCUUUCUAACCUUUAUAGUCAACUAAUAUACGUCGAACCACU